AUGCGCCGCAUCCCGGGCGGCUUUUUCCCACACGCCCCAGGCGCCCGGACGGGGGGAGGGGGCCGCCCUUCCCCUGCUCCGGAGGGCUAUAGCACCCUGCCCAAGUCCCUGCGGGCGGACUACGCCUGCCGCUUCUCGGCCUUCAUCCACGCGGUGGUCAUCUCGCUGCUGUCGCUGGUGAUUGUCUGCCGGCCGGGGCUCUUCCCGGAGCUGCAGGCGGAUCGCAUCUUCGGCACCACCCCCUUCUCCUCCGGGGUGUACGCCAUCGCCGGGGGCUACUUCGUGUGGGACCUGGUCUUCUGUCUGCUGAACUUCGAGACCUCCGGCUGGGCCUUCCUCAUGCAUGCCAUCGGCUCGCUGACCCUCUACUCGCUGGUGCACGCCCCGUACCUGCACUACUAUGGCGCGGUGUUCCUGCUGUUCGAGCUGAGCACUCCGCUGGUGCACCUGCGCUGGCUGGCCAUCCGCCAUCAGUGGCCCUCGGCCGACUUCCUGACCCUGGCCUUCGGCCUGUCCUUCAUCGCGGUGCGCGGCAUCUUCGGCUGGUACCAGACCAUCAAGUAUGUCAUGGAUGUGGUGGCGGCCUAUUCGCAGACCGAGCCGCGCAGCAUGUUCUGGCUGUACCUCGUGGGCAACCUCUUCUUCAACAGCCUCAACAUCUACUGGGUGAUGCUCAUGGUCCGGAGCUACUUCCGCGUGCAGGGUAAGAAGAAGAAGGCCGCCGCCGCGGCCGGUGGUGACGGCGCCGCCUCGCCGGCGAAGGCCGCCGCCAAGAAGAAGAGCCAGUAA